GUGUGUGUCGGCGCCGAGCCGCGAGACGACAGGCCGCGACCGCCGCGACCAGCCGACCCGACCCGUGAGGCCCGUGGGGGAGGCCCAGAGACACUGACGAGCGGAGCGCGGGCGACGACCGAGCGCAGCCGGGCCAUGGGGUCGACGCGGCCGCUCGGCGGGACGACGCCGCCGGUGCCCUCGACGAGGCCCUCGAUGUGGGGCGUCGCGGCCGCGCUGCUGUGCCUGACGGCGGCCUCCGACGCCAAGCCACACGACGACGUCGAAGACGACCUGGCCAGCUUUUUCGGCUGGAGACUGGACUACGACCUCUGCGAGGGGCACGCCGAGUGCCUGGCCCGCCGCCCCUGCGAGUGGAGGUCCGACUGCGACGUCCUGCAGGACUGCGUCAACGGCUUCUGCGCCUGCGACUACCCCCUGCCGACCAACUACAAGUGCUACAUUCCUACAGAUAAUGGGACGUUCGAAGAAUAUUCUUGCGAAGAUGGGACGUGCUCUCUCAAGCCCAGCCCCAUGGCCGAGCUCAUGCCGCUGGCCCUCACCAUCGGCGUGUGCUUCGUGGUCGCGGUGACGGCCAUGCUGGCCUGCAAGAUGCUCAUCAAGCGCAUGCACGCCGCCAACCCCGCGAGGCGGCUCGGCGACGGCGACGCGGACAGCGUCAGCUCCAUGCAGCGCUGGAUCAACGAGCGCCUCCGCGACCGGCCGCCGCGCUACGAGGAGAUGGUGUCGGCGGCCUCCUCGUCGUCCGCGCACACCGCGCCCUCGCAGCCCGCCGCCGGCCCGGCCACCAUCUCGGCCGCCGUCACGGAGGCAGAGAAGCCCCCCGCCUACGAGGUCGUCGUCAACGAGAGGCAGAUGGCCGGCCCCUACUGCCCGAGGACCAGGGCUGCGGCCUCGGCCGUGGCCGACAACAUCCCGCCGCCGCUGUACUCCGCGGAGGCCAUGGCGGACGGCGCGGAGGCGGGCUGCUACAGGAACCCCUGCUUCCUGGGCGACGCCGAGGACCCGCCGCCGUACUCGGCCUCGGCGUACGCGGCCUCGGGCGCGCGCAGCACGCGCUCCGCCUCGCUGCCGGACCCCAUCUGCCCCUCGCUGUUCGACCCGUUCGAACCCUCGCCGGAGAUCUCGGACUCCUCGUUCGCGGCCUCGUCCUCGGGCUGCCCCUCGACCUUCGCCACCGCCUCGACGCCUCCCUCCUCGCCCACGUCGUCCAUGACGUCCUUCGCCUCCUGCGACUCCUCCUCGUCUUCCUCGUUCCUGCCCUUGGCCGCGGGCGCCGGCGUGGACCUGCUGACGGUGUCGCAGGCCGUGGCUCUCAAGGAGAUGAUGCUGGCCGAGGGGGACCCCGCGGCCGCCGCCGUCGACAGACCAGUCCUGUGGACCAGUACUUGUUGACGACGGCCACGAGCCUCACGCAGUACACUGAUUCCGAGAGUCGUUUUCGUCGCUCUGUCUUUCUCGCACUUACGGGACGCCCCAUGAGUGCGAGAGAGACAGAGCGACGAAAACGACUUUCGGAGUCAGUCUGCAGCUCGGCCCGGUGUCCUCCGGAUCCGGCCACCUCGGGCUCUCUGACUGUGUCAACAUGGCCCAGCCGCGCGGAACCUGGCCGGGCCGAAGUUUGACGUUUCGGGUGGAAUGUUGACCCCGUUGGGAGGACGUGCAAACGUCUGGCUUAAAGCUUUGAAGGGGUCUUGAACGUAUUCUGUGAUGAUCUCUCGUGCGCCCGCGCCCCGUCCGUCCACCGCAAGACGCGGGAAGGAGGCGCCCACGCCGCGACGAGCCUCAAGCCACAGAGCAGAGGUGUUAGUUGGGUGGCCUACCCAGCAGGCGACUCUCGCGCAGCGAAGCGCAGCAGCGCUCUCUAGUACUCCUUCUCCUUUUCUUCUCUCGUCCUCGUCACCCUGCCAGAACCCUAGUCUUCCCCCAAAGCGACUGUGAUUUUAAAGCGGGCUGGACCCUCCAAACGGACCUAUGGACUUUUAAGUCCAAUAUGAAUGUGUUGACUUCAGUAUUUGUUUACCUCAAAAAUCUUUUUGAGAUUAGCUUAGGUAUUAGAAUUCUUCAACAAGUGAAAAAUGAAUACUUAAUGUGAGCCCAAGGUAGCCUCUUCAGUUUAUGUAAGAUCAUUUUUUUCUUUAAUGAUCCUAAUCCCUCUACUAUUUUUGUAUCCCAAAGUUGUCCACCCCGUUGCAACUAUUGUGAUUGUCUGAUUGUACUAAAGACUAUUAAAUGUGAUAAUGUGCUACUUCGCAGUGUGUUACUUUGCAAUUAUAAAUCAUUAUUGUUAAAAUUAAUUAAAAUAAGGAAAUUUUGUGAUCAUAGUAUAGCUUAAAGAAAUAAGAUGAUGCAAAAGGUCUCUAAUAAAACCUUGUUUAUAACCAUG